AUGGACAAAUGGCCGACACGAAAUGGUAAAAUGAUCAUCAAUAUUUUGGUGAAUUCUCCAAGCAGUAGUGUAUUUUUUGGUUUUACUGAUGCUAGCAAUGAAUCUACUGAUUCUACCAUAAUGUACAACUUGUUUGAAAGCACAAUUAUUGAAAGAAUUGGAUCGGAAAAUGUUGUACAAAGUGUCACCAGUAAUGCUAGUGAGAAUGUUAAAGCGGGAAGCAUGAUGAUAGGUGCGUACCUACACAUUUAUUGUACUCCAUAUGUUGAUCAUUGCAUCAACUUGAUAUUUUAUGACAUAUUCAAGAUUAAUCCAUAUGCUUCAGUUGUUAAGAAGGCCGUCAAAUCCAUUCUUACAUAUGAGAAAAUUCAUCAAUCAAAGAAAUUUGGUGAAACCGGCCAAGACAGGAUUUCCAACGGCAUUCUUAACUUUGAGAGCUAUGUACAAACAACAGAAAAACUUGAGAAUUCUAGUCCUCUUAACCGAAUGGACUUCAAGUAA